GACCCGGAGAGUAACGGGAACUGGGCUGCUGUGGAAAUUAAAUUAAAACGGAGGAAAACGCGGCCGGACGUGGACAGACGGCGCUGAAAACAGGCUGGAAUCAUCUGCUUCCACCCUUCAGAUGGGAGAAUAGCUGGUGAAUGACAGAAGAUGCUCUCCAUUCUUCUCCUGGAUCUCUUAAUUCACACCAUUAACUUUUUUUAAAGCAUUUUCAUCUGUUGUUUCUACAAGAUCAGACUGUGACAGAAUUGCAAACACUUCUCCUGCCAGAGCAACUUAUUGGAAUUUUGAGAGAACACCAGUAUUUGCUACCAGCAUUAUUGAAAUCAUGGCAAAUAUGUGCCCGUAUGGCCGCUUCACCCAUGCCGUGGUGCGGGGCGUCCCAGAGACCUUUGGGAAGCCGGUGGCAGAGGGCCGUGAGAAUGGGGAGGCCUCGGUGGAUCUGGCCAAAGCUCAGCGUCAAUUCGGCUGCCUAACAGGAGCGUUUAGGCAGAAGGUGGGUCUGCAGCUGAUCGAGAUCCCCCCUGACCCCGAGCUGCCAGAGAGCUGGAGGAUAGAAGAUGUGGCAGUCAUCCAGGGAGACACGGCCCUCAUCACCAGACCCUUCAAACAGCAGAGACGCAGCGAGGUGGAGGCAGUGAGGAGGGUGAUGUCGGAGCUGAACCUCACUGUGGUAGAGAUGGGAGGUGAGGAAGGGGACUCCAGCGGGGCCACGCUGGAGGGCAGUGAUGUCCUCUUCACCGGGAGGGAGUUCUUUGUCGGCAUCUCGUCCCACACCAACCGCAGAGGAGCCGAGGUGCUCGCAGACACUUUCAGGGACUUUGCUGUGUCCACCGUCCCUGUCUGUGGAGGAGCCCGACUGAAAAACAUUUGCUCUAUGGGAGGUCCAGACACAAUCAUCAUCAGCAACAGUGAUGGAGCCAAGAAGACACUCCGGAUGAUGGAACAGCUGACUGAUCACCACUACGAAGUGCUCAGUGUCCCGGAGGAAUCAGCAGCAAACUGCAUCUACAUCAAAGGUCCGUCUAAACGGGACUUCCUGCUGCACAGGCCUGCAGAGGAAUGUCCUGACAGUGUUUCUGCCUUCCAGAAACUGCAGGACUACACCCUCCUGCCGACAGCCUGCAGCGAAGCCUCCAAACUGGGAGCGUCGCUGUCCUCCCUCUGCCUCCUCAUCAACAGAAAGCACACACAUUUCUGAAAAUGAAGGUGGAGCCUCUAAAACACUUUGCACUCUGUUAAGUUGUGUAUUUAUUGUUGGAGGAGACACCGACAGAUGGUAUUUGUACGAGACAGUUUGAUUGUUGGCACAGCAGCUCCCCCUGCUGCACCAACAGUUUCCUCACAAAUGAAACCACUAAUCCAACUGUAGCUUCCCACUGUUUCAAUUGACCACUGCGCUAAAAUAAUCUGACAAGUUACAUUAAUGCCAAAGCUUCUGCACACUUAACCCAAUUGUUUGGGCCAAAGUAUGAAAGAAAAAUGUGGUUUGCAAUUCUAAAUAAUGAUCCUUUUCUUGUACUGGAAUUAAUCUGUAACUCUUAAUUUCUAGUGGUAUAAUCAGUUCAUUUUAAUGCAAUUUGGACCCAUAAAAGUAGCACAAAAUGGAAUCACUACAGCCACCUACACUGCAAACCCGACAUUACUGCUAAUGACAGACAGAAGGAAACUUUACAUAUCACUACAGCCUUGGAGACGCCCUGUGGUGCCCCUUCAUGUCCAUAAUGCAACAUGUUGAUAUUCAUUUCCUCCCAUCCAUCCAUCCAUCCAUCCAUUACCUAUACACCACUUACUCUUCACUAGGGUCACAGGGGGGCUGGAGCCUA